UCCGAUGGUUACGUAUUUCAAACCCUCAAUGCAAGCUAAAAAGGCAACAUUAAUCAUGUGUUCUCGCCGUCCAAACUACACUCCCAACCACAUCCCGGACCCUAAAUACAUUCGCAUUUUCGACACCACUCUCCGGGACGGUGAACAAUCCCCAGGCGCCAGCAUGACCCCAAACCAAAAACUUCAGAUUGCUCGUCAACUUGCCAAAUUGGGUGUUGAUAUCAUUGAAGCAGGCUUCCCUGCUGCCUCGGUAUCUGAGGUGGAAGCCAUUAAGUUGAUCGCGCAGGAGGUUGGAAAUGCAACGGUCGGUGACAUGAAUGGUCAUGUGCCGAUCAUUUGCGGCUUGGCGAGGUGCAUAAAGGAGGAUAUUUUAACGGCAUGGGAUGCCAUGAAGUAUGCCAAGUUCCCGAGAAUAUUGUUGUUUAUAUCGACGAGUGAGAUUCACAUGAAGUAUAAACUCAAAAUGUCAAAASAAGAAGUGAUAGAAAAAGCAAGGAGUAUGGUGGCGUAUGCAAGAAGUGUAGGGUUUAAUGACAUUGAAUUUGGCCUGGAGGAUGCUACAAGAUCGGAUAGAGAAUUCUUAUACGAGAUCGUGAGCGAGGUUAUCAAAGCAGGUGCAACGACUAUUGGCAUUGCUGAUACUGUUGGCUAUUGUUUGCCUCGUGAGUUUGGACAACUCGUUGCUGACAUAAAAGCCAACACUCCUGGCAUUGAGAAUGUCGUUUUUGCUAUCCAUUGCCAUAAUGAUCUAGGACUGGCUGUUGCCAAUACUAUAGAGGGGAUGUCUUCAGGUGCAACACAAGUAGAUGUAACAAUAAAUGGAAUCGGAGAGAGAGCUGGUAAUGCUUCUUUGGAAGAGGUGGUAAUGACUAUGAAAUGCAAAGGAGAGUUAUUGGGUGGUGUUUACACGGGGAUCAAUACAAGACAUAUUGUGAUGACUAGCAAGAUGGUGGAAGAGUACACUGGAAUGAAGGUGCAGCCACAUAAAGCUAUUGUUGGUGCUAAUGCUUUUUCCCAUGAAAGUGGCAUCCAUCAGGACGGAAUGCUAAAGAACAAAAGCACAUAUGAAAUAAUGUCUCCCGAAGAUAUUGGACUUCAACGAUCCGAUGAAUCUGGAUUGACACUUGGAAAACUUAGUGGACGCCAUGCUUUAAAAGCUAAACUUACUGAGCUUGGUCACAACAUUGAUGGAAAGGAACUCAAUGAUAUCUUUUGGCGUUUUAAAUCCAUAGCUGAAACGAAAAAGGUUGUUACCGAUGAUGACGUAAUAGCGUUGGUAUUAAACUGAAAUAUGGGUACCAAACCAUAUUGCUCGCACGUAUUUGUUGGUGUUAAUGGGAAGAGAAGGAGAUCAAGUGUUGCAAACUGAGUAUUACAAUGGAAGGGUAAGCAUUCAAAGUGUGGGGGAUAAUCCUAUAUCUCAUUAUGUGUGUAUUUAUUAAUUGGUUUGUAAUAAUUAAGGUUUUCGAGUGUUGCCAA